AUGGACGUCCGUGUCGGAGAUGAGUUUCGCUACCUGACCCAGCUCUGCUCGGAACCGCAGUGGCGUGACAUGCUCAAUAAAGUCAGUUCGGCGUUCUCCUCCAGAGCGAUUGUUCACCCGAGACGCCCCGUGGAGUGGGCAUACUGGCGCAACCGCACGGGUUAUGUCACUGGCCGGAUGUACCGGAAUCUGACCGCGUACGGCAAGGCUCUGAAGUGGAUCAGAGCACAGGCCGCCAUCCGCGACCACGACCAACAGUCCGUUCAACGCUUCUGCCUCGCAGUCGGCCUACUGCACCGCGACAUAGCCACUGCGUUCGACUUUGGGCCCGAGACGGAGCCACCUUCUCCGGACGAUGACUUCCUCACACAGGUUCACGCAUUCCUCGGCUUUGGCGCCGAGAUCCUGGUACCUGACGGACAGUUCGCCCGUCGCAUCGAAGAGCUUAUGGAUGCAGCUCAGGCCUUCAUGCUGGACGGGUGGAGGGUUGAGCCCGUCAACCCGCUGGAGCGAGUGAAAGGCUCGAGCAGCCAGCGCGUGGAGACCGGCACACCGGCCAGCAAGCGCGACACGACCGGCGAUGGACUAGCGCCUGCGACCGGCGAUGGGAAGGCGCCCGCUACCGGCGAUGGAUUGGCGCCUGACAGCGCCACUGGCGACAAACGCGGAGGAGCAGCCAAAUCGAUACCAGACCGGCUGCCCCUUCCUCUUCCGCCAGUUCGCAAGAGUGCAACGUCGAAGUCAAAGCUCAGCACAAAGCAUGCGCCGCUUCGCCGAAGUGGGCGUCCCAUCCAUCUCACCGAGGCAGCCGUUGCCGCGAAUCUUCGUCUUGCAAGCGCCGAUCACGACACUUGA